AAAGAGUGGUGAGCGGCCCUAGCGGAGAAGAGGCGAAUGAGGGUGAAGUUACCAUGUUUGUGGAUCAGCACGACACCAAAACUUGGGAUGAUAUUCAGCUCAAAGAUUGAAUUGUGCAACCAGUUAACCAGAUGUGUGCUGCAACCAUGAAUUAUUUGCGCCGGCGCCUCUCGGACAGCACGUUCAUCUCCAACCUGCCCAAUGGCUACAUGACAGACCUCCAGAGGCCUGACAAUGCUCAGCCUCCUCCACCUGCCUCCACCACCCCUGCCAAGUCUCCUACAACCGGGCCUACACCUCCAGCCACUUCCCCUGCUCCAGAGAGGAAACCCCAGCCAUCUCAGUCCUCCGGAGCGGGUUUCUUCAGCUCCAUCACCAACGUUGUUAAGCAGACAGCUGCCUCAGCAGGGCUAGUGGAGCAGACCCAAGUCACGACACCCAAGAAGUUCAAGAUUCUCCUUGUGAUUGAUGAACCACAGCAGGAGUGGGCGAAAUUAUUCCGGGGGAAGAAACUACAUGGGGAUUAUGACAUCAAAGUGGAGCAGGCUGAAUUCAAUGAGAUCAACGUGGUGGCUCAUGCUAAUGGCACCUGCAACGUUAACAUGCAGGUUCUCAGAAAUGGCACCAAGGUUAUCAGGUCAUUCAAGCCCGACUUCGUCCUCAUUCGUCAACAUGCCUUCAGUAUGACCCAGAAUGAAGAUUUUCGCAACCUCAUCAUUGGUCUGCAGUACGGAGGGGUCCCAUGCAUCAACUCGCUGGAGUCCAUCUACAACCUGUGUGACAAGCCAUGGGCGUUUGCCCAACUUAUCAACACCCACAGGAAGCUGGGUGCUGAGAAGUUUCCUCUGAUUGAGCAGACCUUUUAUCCAAACUACAAGGAGAUGGUAAGCAUGCCAUCGUUUCCUGUUGUUGUGAAGAUUGGACACGCCCACUCUGGUAUUGGAAAGGUGAAGGUGGACAAUCACAGUAAGUUCCAGGACAUAGCCAGUGUUGUGGCUCUCACCCAGACGUACACCACCACAGAACCUCUCAUCGACUCCAAGUACGACAUCAGAAUCCAGAAGAUCGGCACUGACUACAAAGCCUACAUGAGGACAUCUAUAUCUGGUAACUGGAAGACCAAUACUGGCUCAGCUAUGCUUGAGCAGGUGGCCAUGACUGAUAGGUACAAGCUGUGGGUUGACACCUGCUCAGAGAUUUUCGGGGGUCUGGAAAUUUGUGCAGUCAAAGCUAUCCAUGGGAAAGAUGGCAGAGAUUUCAUCACCGAGGUGGUGGGCUCUGCCAUGCCCCUGGUGGGUGAGCACCAGGCCGAGGACAGGCAGCUUAUCGCUGACAUGGUGCUGGCAAAAAUGAACCAGGCAGCAGAGAACGAAGCUAACGCUCCCCAGAGACCCACCACCAUACAGCCAUCCCAGGGAACUGGCCAGAAGGGAGAGCUUGUCGGUGAACCCACUAAAAACAGUGCCGGGCGCCCGCCUCAAGGUUGUCUGCAGUACAUUCUCGACUGUAAUGGCGUUGCAGUGGGUCCAAAACCAGUCCAGGCCAACUGAGUCACCCAGGGGGAAAGUGUGGAAGUCUCAGAGUCAAGAUAACAACAACGUACCUUAGCUGAACACAAGCGCAGACGUGUGUGUGUGGUAUCUGAUAGGUAGAAUCAGAUCUUGGUGACGGAGGCUCGGUGCAGCUGAGUGCUGGCCUGGACUGUGUUUUUAACUCUAUGCAGUGUCAAAAUGUACUGUCUACUUGUUGACCUGUUGAUUUGUGUGCUUGUAUAGGUCACAUAUGUUUCAGUAGCUGUGGUUUUUUUCCUUUGGGGCUGUUGUUGAUGAUGUAAAAAGCAGAUUGUGCCUACACUGAGUUCAGUGCUGCUCUGUGCUACCCGUUCAACCCAGCUGUGGAUCUUUGAUUUGCCCCCUCCCCCUCCUUUUUCUUUUUCCUAUUUUGGUGUGUACCUUUAGAUAUUGUUCAAACUGUGGACUAUUGUGCAGUUUGAAGUUUGUGUAUAUCUCAAUAUGUAUACAGUACGUGAGUGUGUAUGGCUGUAGUGGUGAUUAUUUUCAUACUUAUACUAAUAGAUAUUUAUUUUUGUUUUGCAUGACUGAUACAAAGGAAGGUGCAAGUCAGUUAUUAAUGUCUGAUCAAGCAGGAUGUUCACGUGACAUCGCUGUUUUGCCCGAGCUGUGUUCCCUGUGAUUCAUGCAUUGUGAAUGUGUCAUAAGAAAUGCAUAUUAUCAAAGUUACUACAAGGAUACAUGUAUUCAUAACCAAACAUGCAUUACCACAGUGUGCAUACACACACAAUAGAGACAUACAGUAUGAGGCCUUUCUUAGAGUUCAUCUUUUCAUCUAUAUUGUCACAAUGUCAGAGAGUAUUUAGAGUGAGUUUAGGAAACUAAUGGAUGGACACAUAUUAAAAUUAGUCAAAGAUUUAUUAAAGAUUAUAUCAUGUAGGAUGUUGUGUGGGUGUCUGCACACACAUCUUAAAUAUAUUUAUAUAAUUUUGAACCAAAGAAUGAAUAAUUUACUUUGAAACAGUCUUUGCACUCCAGUAACCCGCGAUGUAAAUACCAGCGAGGGGACUGUUAAUACUGCAGUGUGUCACAUGGAGUGUGUAAUUUCACCAGAGAACAGCGCUCCGAGACAAUACUUAUGUUUUCCAAAUUGCCUGUUGUGAAUCACAUGCUAGUGAACUGAUGCUGUAUUCGAAUCGUUGUCUUUUUCCGUUGUGUGGAGGCAGACAUCACGGCUGAUAAUGAAGCCGUGUAUAAUGUCUGAUCUGCCGUGUAAUGCCAGAUAUAAUGCCCCCCUUCCCCUCCGCUCCCCUCACACUGGAUAUUGGCUAUCGUGGUGUUGUUGCCAUGACAACAAUGCAAGUGCUCUGAGGUUUAGUGUGGACUUGUGCCCGUGUUACUGCCAUUCAAAGAUUUAACACUCUUCCUGCGAGUUGAUGGAAAGUGCAAUAUAGAUCUUUGUUUUUUCUUCUUAAUCAAUAUUGUAUUAAUUUUUCAAAAUCAGAUCUUCCAUUGAAUUAAUUCCAAAAGCUAUAGUCAUCAACGUAUGUAUCGUUUCAAAACCUUUUUACACAACUGUCACAAUCACUUGGUUGGUGUCCGGCGGCUUUUUUUUU